AGUUGUGGGAUUCGAUGAACAUGUCGAUGCAGUCGUGGAUUUGCUGACUAGAGAUGAAUCUGCUCUUCAAAUCAUCCCUAUCGUAGGCAUGGGUGGCAUUGGUAAGACUACUCUAGCUAAAGCUGUUUUCGAUAACCAAUGUAUUGUCGACCGCUUUGAUAGACGUGUUUGGCUUACAAUAUCAAAAGAGUAUAAUGUCCAGGACAUACUAUCAUGUCUUUCAAAUGAUGGGAAAGUUACAACACAUGAUGGAAAUUUUGAUCGGUUGAGGGAGGUGCUGUACAAAGAAUUAUUUAAUAGAAGGUAUUUGAUCGUCAUGGAUGACGUGUGGAGCGAGCAGGCUUGGUGUGACUUAAGAAUGUGUUUUCCAAACAACAAUAAUAAUAGAAGUCGGGUUAUCAUGACUACUCGGCUUGCGAAUGUGGCCAGAAGUUUGAGCCCUCAUAGCUCUUACUUGAUGACUUUUUUGGAUGAGAAUAAAAGUUGGAGUCUAUUUUGUCAAACUGUCUUUGCAAAGGAAAAUUGCCCAUAUCCAGAAUUAGAGAAAUUGCACGAGGGAUUGUAAGAAGUUGUAAAGGACUUCCUCUAGAAAUCGUUGUGAUUUCCAGGCUACUUGCAAAGUCUGACAUGUCUAAGAAAUAUUGGAAGUCUGUUGCAGACAAUGUCAUCUCUUAUGCUAAUCUGGAACACGGUGAGCAUUGCUUAAAAGAUAUUGUCUUUGAGUUAAGAGGACUUGACAAUCCAGCUCAAGCCGUGUUUCCUCUUUAUGAGCUCUUAUCCUGAAGAUCAUAGGAUUAGUGUUGAGGAACUAAUUCGGGUGUGGAUUGCUAAUGGAUUGAUAAGAGAAGUUGAUAGUAAAAGUCUGGAGGUCAGUGCUACAGAAUUCCUCCAAGAUCUUGUUGCCAGAAGUCUUGUUUUUAUGCGAGAGACAGGGAUGUCUGGUCAAGAAUGCGGUAUUCAUGAUCUAUUUAGAGAAGUGUGUUUGAAAGAAUUUAACAAGGAGCAGUUUAUUGGAUCGCCAAAGGUGCAAUACACGAAUGGCAGUAGAUCACAAUGCUUUCUUUCUGCCGAGGAAACUCCCCAUGGAGGAGAUGCUACAGACUAUUCCCUGGAAUUUGUUCUUUUAUCCCAAUCACCAUCAUCACCAUCUUCAAGAGUAAUUCAUCGAUCCGUUUGUGGUGCUUGCAGAGUGAUGUAUUCACAUGUUGAAGGGGCAAGGCUUGAGGAGAAUGAUGAUCAGCUAGCAUCUCCGCAUUUUACUCAAGUGCGAUUCUAAAACUAUUCUUGGACAAGCGAAUCGUUUUCACGAAUGAAAUAUGGGAAAUGCCACAGCUCAGGCAUAUCAUUUCCAACAGGGCAGGCUUCAUGUUGGCACAAGUUUCUGCAACUCAACUUGAGGGGGAAAGCUUCAUUAUUCUCAGAAACCUGGAGGCCCUUUCCGGAAUAUGGGAUUUCAAGUGCACCAAAGAUGUCAUCGACAAAAUUCCUGAUGUAAAAACAUUGGGAAUGGUGUACAGCGAAGAGUUUGAAGCAAGUAGGGAUCAUUCUCUUUGUAAUGUUGAGUCAUUAAAAAUAAUAUAUGCUCUAGAUAACAUUGCCUUUCCCAAGUCUCUUAAUUAAAGAGCUGUGUCUGGCACACUACAUACGCAAAAUUCCUUGGAGUGGUAUGUCGAUCAUUGACUCAUUACCCAAGCUUGAGAAACUUGAAUUGAUUCGGGCAACUGAAGGGUCUGAAUGGAAUCCAGUUGACGGUGAAUUUCUUUGAUUGAAAGAAAUGAAGAUUGUGUGUACAAAUCUCAUGCAAUGGAUAGCUGAUAAGGAACACUUCCCUACUCUUCGAGCUGCCUGAACUAAUAUUUUUAACUUCAUUGGAAGGGAAUCCCAUCGGGAAUUGGAGAUAUUCCACCGUUACGUAGAAUUUAAUUGCAAGGAUGUAGUAGGUCUGCUAUCAAUUCGGCACAUCAAAUAUGGGAGGAACAACAGAGCAUGGAAAAUGACACCGUUGACAUUCUAGUCUGGAGUGGCUCCAAGGACUACUCAAUCAGUGAUUUUAUGUCAAAGUAAAUGCAAAAGAGACAAGUUCAAAGAUGAAGAUUGAGAAUUUAUGACAUGAGAACCCACAGUCGCUACCCGAAAGUGCACACUGGGUAAACCCCCGGACGAACCUAAUACUCUGCAAAUCAGGCCCGACGGGAAAGUCACACUAGGCGAACCAUGUGUGACAAGUGACCUGAGGUGUCGGGGGUUUGAACCCAUGACCUCACGGUCACAACUCCAACCCCUACACCACUAGCGCAUCCCUUACGGGA